CAGGAAGCUGUCGGCUGGUGGUGAUUCUUUUGGAACGCAAACUCGGUCCGCGCUAGUUUUCACUUCCGGUCUGGUUCCAGGACCAGAACCCAUUGUCAGAUCAUUGUAGUUACCCUGUGCUGAUGAACAUGGACUGGACUCGGAUUGAUGAGAAGAUCUUGGGUCUCACUUUGGAGAUCAUCUCUCUGCUCACUGGAGAGGAUCAGGUGGUUGCAAAAACGUUUUGUGAGUGUGUUGAUCACAACCGUCCUCACCAUGUAACAGAAGGAUCCUAUAAAACAGAGCGCCUCAGUGCAGUGAUUCCACGUUCCUCGCUGAUACAUGAGAGAGGGAAUGACAAGAAGAUCCUGGAACUGACCAAGAAGAUCAUCCACAUGCUAACUGGAGAGGUUCCUAUAAGGUGUGAGGAUGUCACUGUCUAUUUCUCCAUGGAGGAGUGGGAGUAUCUAGAAGGACACAAGGAUCUCUACAAGGACGUAAUGAAGGAGGAUCACCAGACCCUCAGCUCACUGGAUAAACCUUUAUCAGGUGAAUAUCAUACUCCAGAUUGUGUUCCUGAGUUUGGAAACAAUGAGAAAAGUGUAGCUAAACCUAAAGAUGGACCGCCCUAUCUGCGAACUAGCAAAGUAAGACAAAGACUGAAAAAUAAUACACCGUACAUGUGGGAAGAGUCUCCACCGUGUAUAGAGGCAAAUCACAGAGACAUGGACAUUUACAAAGAGACAGAAUAUCCAUCUACUGAUAUUAAGAAGGAAUCGGCAUUACAUGAAGAAGGGAAUCUCACAGGGUUUGACAUCCAUGCAUGCACAGAUAAUACACAGACAGAAUAUUCAUCUAUUCUUAUUAAGGAGGAAUCAGCCUCGUAUGAAGAAGGGAAUCGCCCCCCAGGAGUCGAUAUUUAUAAAUCCAGUCACAAUUCUACUCUUGCAGAUAAUGAAGAUAAUAGAGCUUGUUCAAACAUACAUUCUAUCAAUCCUUGUAUUGAAUUAAAUACACCAUAUCAUAUUGAUGGUAAUGCUACUCAGAGCAAAGACAACAUAGAGGAAAUAUUCCCGAUUUCUGAUUGUCCACAAGGCUUCAGUAGUGACACGCAGGAUGUUAAGCAUCAGCCAACUCCUACAGGUAAAUACUUAUUAUCCACGUCAGACCCUGUUAUACAUGAGAUGAAUUACAAAGGAGAAAAUCAGAUUUCAUCUUCUGAAUCUGGGUCAGAUUUUAUUCAGGUGUCAAAUCUUGUCAAGCAGGAAAUGGAUUGGACUGAACAUAAACCAUAUAUAUGCUCUGAAUGUGGGAAAGAUUUUACCCAGGCUGCAGAGCUUGCGUCACAUAAAAUGGUUCAUAAUAAGGCAGGACCAUACAAAUGUACUGAAUGUUCAAAGAGUUUUAAAAAAAAGCAUCAACUUGUUAAUCAUCAGAAGAUUCACAAAGGGGAAAAGCCAUUUAAAUGCUCUGAAUGUGGGAAAUGUUUUAUUUGGAAAUACAAGAUGAAUUCACAUAAAUUGAUUCAUUUAGGCAAGAAACCAUUUAAGUGUAAUGAAUGUGGCAAGUGUUUUACCCAAAAGCGUAAUCUUAUUGGUCAUCAAAUGAUUCACAGUGAAGAAAAUCCUUUUAAAUGCUCUGAAUGUGGGAAAUGUUUUACCCGGUCUACACUGCUCGCGUCACAUAAAAUCGUUCAUAAUAAGGAAAAACCUUACAAAUGUACUGAAUGUUCGAAGAGUUUUAGAAAAAAGAAAGAUCUUGUUCAACAUCAGAAACUUCACACAGCAGGAAAGCCAAUUAAAUGCACUGAAUGUGGGAAAGGUUUUGUUUCAAAUUCACAGAUGAGUUCACAUAAACGGAUCCAUACAGGCGAGAAACCAUUUAAGUGUAAUGAAUGUGGCAAGUGUUUUACCCUAAAGAGUACUCUUAAUCUUCAUCAAAUGGUUCACAGUGAAGAAAAGCCAUUUAAAUGCUCUGAAUGUGGGAAGUGUUUUACAAAAAAGUGUUAUCUUAUUAGUCAUCAAAUGGUUCACACAGGAGAAAAGCCUUUUAAAUGCGGUGAAUGUGGGAAAGGUUUUAACUGGGCCUCAGGUUUUAGCAAACAUAAAAGAACUCAUUACAUGAACUGA